AUGGAGGUGUUGGGGAGGGAUGUGGUCCAAGAGUGGGAGUGCUCUAGGAAUGUAGUACCUUCUGCAUUCGAUAGUCACUUCCACUUGGACCGGAGUGGUCGAGUGCUCCAGGUUUAUUCACUGGAGAGGUUAAUAGGGCAUGCUGAGGGGCCUGUCCCGGAAGUGCUAGUGCAGGUGAGUGAUGGAGUUGCCGUUUUCUGCGAUCCUGCCACUUACCCAGAGGUAUACCCUUGUGCACCUGGUUUCGGGUCGGCCGUUGGGCUGCAUCCGAAAAAACCUCAUGCCAGUGUUGAAGGAGCAGUGAGAUUGGUAGAGGAGGAGUUGAGAAAGGAGGGGGUGGUGGCUCUGGGGGAAAUAGGUCUAGACUGGACCACACCUGAACAGGAAUGGCCCUUGCAGGAGAGCAUGUUUGUUGGGCUGCUGGAGCUGGCUUGUCCUAGACGGCCAGUAAUUUUGCAUCUCCGGGGGCAGGACAGAUACUCAAGUGAGGUUAGUGCCCUCUCCCUUCGGUUGAUGCGAGAAAACACCAGCCCCACACAGCGGGUGCAUCUACACUGUUUUGGUGGUAAUCUGGAUCAGGUGCUUGGGUGGUCGACGGCUUUCCCUCGGUGCUACUUCAACAUCGCUGGAUCAGUUGCCCAGUUCGACGAGAUACAGCGGGCAGCUGUGCGAAGGAUCCCUCUGAAUCGUCUGUUAGUAGAAACUGAUUCGCCAAACCGGCGGGUACAGCGAAAGUGGCAUAACACUCAAGCUUAUGUUGGAGAAGUUGCCCGGAAAGUUGCACAGAUCCGACAGACGACCCUUGAUGAAAUUCUCCAGGCCUCGCUGGAGAAUGGAAGGUUGCUCUAUAACCUGUAA